CAAAAGCUUCUUGACUAGCCUUCGAUCGUAAAAGUAAAUUAAAAACAAAGGAUCAAUUGAGAACAAAUUACAUUUUUAAUUUUUUUCGAAAUAUAAAAGUUUAAAAGUAUUACGGGGAUUUUUCUGGAAAAUUUAAAAUAAUAUCUACAUAUAUGAUUUGCCUGUUCAUGAAUUGUAAUUUUAAUUUGUGCCAUAUCGCGCGUAAUGAGUAAAUAAUGGAACCAGAAAAAGUUUUCUUAGAUUUUCUAAACUUGUGUACUGAUCAUGCUGGACAUCUUCAAUAUCAACUGGCUAAUAAUGCUAUUCUUGAAUGGUUUGGGAGAACUAUCAGGGGAAAAGAAAAAAUUAAGAAUUUCGUCAGAUAUGAAUUAUCGCAAGAAUAUGAGCAUCAAUUCAAUAAUUGGAAAAUUGUGGAUCCUUUCGAAGUGAGACCAUCACAUUUUGAAACUAAGAAGCUUUCUUUGGAAACACCCCCCGAGCAAACAGUUGUUAGAAAGGAUUACAUAAAUGACACAACCCCCCAGAAAAGUAAAAUUAAACUAGUUGAAUUACCAGCACUUCACCGAGGCCGCAAAUUUUUAACAGACAUUGGCAGUGACGACGAAGAUUUAAGAGAUUUAGGACUUGCAAAGAUAGAUGAUACUACCCCACCUUCCAGUCCGGGCAAUGCGACUAGUAUUGGCGUUGAUGAAGGUCCUGCAUUAAAAAAAUCAAAAAUUGGAAAAUUUAAAAAUUUAUUUUCAUCAAAAGACAAAAACUUUAAAAUCCGAGAAGAUUUUUCUAGUGCCAUUGAAUUAAACAAAUGUGAUGCUGAUUUGAAACAAACUGAACUUUGUGACAUGCCAAACCCUCAAAAUACUAUGUACAGUGAUUUACACUAUAUAGAAUCAGUAGGAUGUUUAAUUACAUCAAAUCGCUCAAAAUAUCCAGGAGUGCAACCACUACCUAUUGGUGGAACUAACUUAGAAAUUGGAAAUGUAAAAAAAUCGGAAAUUAAAACAUACUCUUAUAAUAUAUCACCCAGGUCACAUUUAGAACGUGAAGUAAAACUAAAAAUAUCAUAUAGAAUUCGUAUGGAUAACAACCAAAUAGAAUUUGCGUUAAUAAUAUAUGAAUAUUCAGUUAGGAAAUCAUCUACUAGACGUAAUCUUUUAUUGGAGUUCAAAGAAGCGUCAUCAGGAAUUGAAGAAAAAAAAACGGAUUCCACAAGUAUAAUAAAGCAUGAAAAAAAAACAGUGGAUGUUAAAAUCAGAAGAAAAACUCCUUUAAAACGAUUGAUGAGAUUAUUUUAAGACAAUUUUAAUAAAUUUUGAAAAUGGACAAAAUCCAUUCCAUGGUUAGAUUAUCAAGGAUUUUAUUUACUUUUAUUUUGUAUACUAUAUAUUUGUAAAAGAAUCUCAAAAUAUUUAUAUUUAUAUAUUUUUGAGAAAUUAAAUGUACAAACUUUGUUGUAAUAUAUUCGAAUAAGCAGUUAAUAAAACAUUGUAUCAUUUUAUAAUG